UCCGGUCCUUCUGCUGGAAGGGAACUAGCUGCUACACUAUCAGGAAAUACAAGGGUGUUGGAGAUAUUGAUUCAGCACCUACUUGCUACUUGUUUAUGUAUAGUGAAGCUCCUGUUACUGUGAAGAUCACGUACAAUACACAUCACUGUGUUUGUCAGUAAAGAAGAAAGAUUAUAAUUAUAUCUGACAAAUUCAGUUACUGAAAAAGACAAUGUCUGACAAGACCCAGAACCAAACCUCAGAGCUUCCUGAUGCACACGGAGACUGUACUGACGUGAAACCUUCAGAUAGCUCAGCAGUUGUACAUGGAGAAGAACCGUACGUGUGUGAUAAGGUGAAGACUGAGCAGGAGGAAGUUCCUAUAAAUACGGCUAUAGGCUGUACUGAUGUGACGCCUACAGAUGGCUCAGCGGUUGAGCACAGAGGAGAACCGUACAUGUGUGAUCAGGUGAAGACUGAGGAGGAUAAAGUUCCUAUAAAUACGGCUACAGACGCAGAUACCGCUGAUAUAGUGAAAGUUGAAAUAACAGAAGAUCUGUAUCCGUCUGAUCAGGUGAAGACUGAGGAGGUUGAACUUCUUAUAAAUACAUAUACAGAUGAAGAUAACGCUGAUAUAGUGAAAGUUGAAGUAACAGAAGAUCUGUUGGUGAUGCGUCAGCUGGGAGCCCCUGAUGAGGAAUCCAAUGACAGCAUCAGCCCAUGUGAUGUUAUGACUGAGGUCGUACUUAAUGCUGAUUUAAGUCCGUAUCUAAAUUGUUCACUGGAAGCUGGGAAGCAGAAAUUCAGUGACAAUAUCAGUACAGGUAACCUCACAAACUGCAGUAAUCCUAGUUAUGGUCAGAGUGCUGUUGCUUCUUUCAGUCUUUUUCAGAAUCAAAGAAGCCACAUGGGAAAUGUAUGUUCUGAAUGUGGAAAAUGCUUUACUCACAAAUGGGAACUUAGUAGACAUUUGAAAAUUCAUACAGGUGAUAAACCAUUUUCAUGUUCUGUAUGUGGGAAAUGUUUUACUCAGAAAUCACAACUUGAUAGACAUCAGAAAAUUCAUACAGGAGAGAAAGCAAUUUCGUGUUCUGACUGUGGGAAAAGUUUUACUCGGAAAUCAGAUUAUAUUACACAUCAGAAAGUUCAUACAGGAGAGACAGUAUUUUCAUGUUCUGAAUGUGGGAAAUGUUUUACUCUGAAAUCAUCUCUUAUUACUCAUCAGAAAAUUCAUGCAGCAAAGAAAGCAUUUUCGUGUUCUGAAUGUGGGAAAUGUUUUACUCAGAAAUCACAUCUUUUUAGGCAUCAGAAAAUUCACACAGUGGAGAAAGAAUUUUCGUGUUCUGAAUGUGGGAAAUGUUUUAAUCAGAAAUCAAAUCUUAUUACUCAUCAGAAAAUUCAUAUUAAGAAAAAUCAGAGCUUAUCCUCUUACAUGCAGAUGGUGACACGUCCCCAUAAUGUAUAGAGUGCUGAUAAUGACUAUAUGUCAUUCUCUGGGGGCAAAUGUUUGCAGCUGUUUGAAGCCCCCUCUACACCUUAAGCGAUUACAAAAAACGCCCAAUGUGUUUGCCAUCUCUGGGAGAUCCAGAGUCUCUGUAUAGGUUGGAACCUCUAUUUGAGUAGAGGUUCAUAAGGGGGGCCCCUAUGUGCAGAUCAAAGUUACACAAAUAUACACAAAGGACCUUAUUUAUAUGUUGAUGAACACUUCUUUGAAAUGUAGAUACUGCUGAGUGCAUUAAAGUCAGCUGAUUACUGAGGUGACAGUAUUUCGUUAGCUGUAUUUUAAAUUGAUCAGGUGUAUAGGUGUGCAGAGUGAGCCCCUACGUUAACAUCAAAAAGGCAUGUAUUUUUUUUUAAUAUAUUUUGUUACCUAAUACAAUUAUCGAUCCACAAUUAUAUUUACUAUAAAAAACAACAACUUUGCACUGUUUUAUUUACAUCCUUGUUUAUUAAAAUUGUAAUAAAAAUAUUAUUUUUUUUCA